AUGGUCGGCGCAGUGGAGGAUAGAGUGGAAGAUUAUGGGAGAUAUGGGAGAGAUGGUUGCGGAUGGAGAUGCUGUGCGGAGCAGCAGGGGAACCGAAAGAUAGAGGAAGAGAAUGAGAGCAGAGGGGCUGAACUCGAAGUUGUUGCUAUGCACCUCCAGGUUGUGGGUCGGACUCAACAAAUAGCUACUAUAGCUAGAGUGAAGACGCACACCGCCCCCUUUCCCUGCAACACAACCCCAGCCGAGCACCUCCACGCACGCCUCCAGCCACCGCACCGUUCCCAGAUCCAAUCUGGCAGCCCCCUCAUUACCUCACUUGUGCCCAGCUCCGACCUCUUCACCGCCCUUAACCUCUCCGGCAUCACUGUCGAGCCAGACUCAGACCCAGCCGUGCAACAACCUGCGGAAGAGGAUACAAAUCUGCAAAGCCUCUAUCCUCGCAGACCACCAGCCCCGGCAACUCCCCGACGAGAAGCUCGUCUGUUUCCACCGCCAUCCACACCUCAGCAGCCGCCUCCCUGCUCCGUUCGUGACUCCGGCGACCCUUCCAUAGCAGCCCUGCAACCUCUCUCAUCUCAGUUCUCAGUGCUCGUCGUGCUCGUCUUCUCCGACGCUCCCAUAUUAGCCCAUCUCUCUGGCAUUGUCUGUCUGUUCGUGCUCUAUUUCCGGCGAUCUAUUUACUCCCAUCCAUCCUCUCCGGCAUCUCUCAGCUCAGACUCACGUCCGUCCAUCACAGCCACCCGAGACCUCUCCAGCAGCACCCCUCUGUCCCGAGAAUACAGCAGACUCUCUUCACGUCGCCAGCAGCGGCGGCCACCAGCACCAGCUCCAGCUCCAGCCGAGGCUGUCUCCGACCUCUCCAGCAGCCACGGCCAGCCCCCCACUCCAAAAGAACCAUCAUCCUUAGCUCCACAACUCACCCGCACCUCCAGCCAUCAUCCUCGCAGCCUCCGGCCAUUGCUGCAACGCCUGCCACCCUUGCUCCCGGCAAGACCCUCAGCAGCGGCGACUCCACUGCUACAACAUCAGCAACCCUCCGUUGCUGCAAUAGCAAUGGCCUCACUCCUUGCUACCUACUUCAUCCUCACACCCACCAACAUCCAACAGACCCCAUGGCCACGCAGCUCUGACAAUCCUCCCAACCACCAUAGCCGAAAGCCAUGCAGCUCUGCAGCCCCUCUGCAUAGCUCCGGCCACGCGGAGCACUCCGUCACCGCCCCAGAUAACCGUCACUGUCCCUCUCUUCGGCCCACCAUCACCAUAGCCGCUGCCCAGCCACCAUCACAGCCCAUGCACGCUGUCGCCAACCGCGAGCCACACACGGCACAGCCUGGCGUCAGCGUCCCUCCGUGCACAGCCAAGCCGCCACAAAUCAACCUGCAAGAUCUCCGACCACCUUUACCGCUCGGCCCUCACCGUACAACUCCAAUGAGCACCCUUAUACAACUGCCGAAGGUUCUCCACACCAGCAUGGGCAGAGCCGUCUGA